CUUUUAUUAUUAUACGGAAAAUGGCGGCUUCUGAAUCGAAUAGCGUUGUGGCUGUUGGUGAUGCAGCUUCCACUGAGAAACAGGGACCGGGUGUUGAUUUCUGCCCCGUAUUCGGGCGCAUAGUGAAGCGAGAGCCGGUGGUUAAACUCCUGAGUCCAGUGAGCGGGUUGGAGGCUUUGACGUGGUCUGCGGAUCAUCAGCUGUCCGCGUCCACCGUCAACAGUGUUUCUGUCAUGGAGCUGCUGUGUGAUCAACACACUUACAGUCAGGAUUUAGUGCUUCACCGCACUCACAUCCCCGUACCGGAGUCUGUGUGUGAACUGAAGGUGGGCCCGGAGGAUAAAGUGCAAUCAGCGAAACAAAAAUUUGAAAACUCUGAUGAUCCUUCAGUGAGGCAGAAUUUUCUGCUGGACAGAAUUAUGAAUCCCCAAGGUGGAGCCCUGCGUGGCAUGAAGUACACCAGCUGGUCGCCGCUCGGCUGUGAUGUGAACGGGCGCUGCAUUCUGGCUUGCCUUACGCUAGACUGCCGCUUGACUAUUCAAAGCUGCCACAAGCGACUGCAAUGGACUCAGCUCCUGAACCUCACCGAGCUUUAUGGAGACAUGCUAAAAUCGAGAAACUACUCAAAUGACAAUACUUCUGAACCCUCGCAGGAAGACUUGGAGGAUCUUGAGGUGCUUCAAAGCAGGUAUAAGAUGCAGACAUCUGUGCGCAUGGAGUGGUCCAGCCUGUGCAACACGCAGCAAAUUCAGAGCAACAAUGAGUGCAAGGAUGUGGGGACGGUCCUCUUGGCUGUGCUGAUGGAAAACGGGGACUUGGUGGUAUGGCAAUUCCGUCUGCCAAUACAAGGAAAGGAAUCCGUUGUCUCUUGCAACACGAUCAAAUCGGGUGUGUCGUCACCGAGCGUGUUAGCCUGGUGGGAAUAUGAGCAUGGUGGGCGCAAGAUGAGCGGCCUGAUCGUGGGCAGCACAGUGGGACCUGUUAAAAUACUGCCUGUGAAUUUAAAGGCGGUGAAAGGCUACUUUACUCUCAGACAGCCAGUGGUGCUGUGGCAAGACAAGGAUAAUAUCCCGGUGAGCAACGUCAAGUGCGUCACGCUCUUCCACCCGCAGCAGAAGUGUAACUGUAGCUUGGUUGUUGCAGCACGAGGCCCAUAUGUCUUCUGGUGCUUGUUGCUCAUCUCAAAAGCAGGUUUAAACGUGCACAACUCUCAUGUUACUGGCCUUCACUCGGCACCAAUUACAUCCUUAACUGCUACACACAACGGAAGCUCGAUCUUCACCUGCUCGCUUGAUGGCACAGUCAAAAAGCUGACGCCGGUUUUUACAGACUCGGCUAUCGUCUUCAAGCAACAGGAGGUGGAGCUUCCAGAAGGUGUUCGUGGAUGCCGUAUCCAUGGGAUCGCCACCAGUCCAAACGGUGCCUACCUAGCUCUGGCCACCACAGAAGGUAUGAUCAACGGAUUGCACCCAGUUGCACGAACCAACAUGGUAAAGUUCAUAACGCUCAUGACACCAGAUGAAGCAGGGGUAAAGCUUCUUGAAUCACAAGUGCAAAGCCUCUACAAGCAGGCUGACCUGCUGGAUCUGGUCCGAUGGCAUGUGAUGCACAACAAACGGGUUCCCCAAUUCCUCCAAGACGAACUAGAUGAGAAGACACCCACGUCAAACUCGAUGUACCUCUGGAGACUCAAGCUCUUCGUCUUGCGGGUCCUCCACCAGUCCUUGCAGAAGAUGCCAUCGGAGGCACGCUGGAGACCCACCCACGAGGACAGCAAAGCUUUUCUGCCCGACGACACGGCAGCUGACGGGAGCAUGGCGGCUGACGCUUCUGAGAUCAACGAGUCCAAAGCGAAAGAAAAUGCAGGCGAGUUGGACGAGGAGCGAAUGAGCGAAAUUACAGCAUGGAUCGAGGAGGUGGAAUCGCACCUGACACGUGAGCACAUGAAGAGGGUACUAGGAGAGGUCUACAUGCACACCCUCAUCACAGAGAAUACAUGCAUUCCCACUAAAGGAAUCUGUGACUUCCUGUCCAACGAUCCUACCAAUGACGAUCGAGCGGCUAAGGUUCUGAUAGGUCACAUAAUGAAGAAAAUGAACAAGCAGACGUUUCCAGAGUACUGCAGCAUGUGUAAAGAGGUUCUGCCCUUUACUGACCGCAAGCAGGCCGUGUGCAGUAGCGGACACAUAUGGCUCAGGUGUGUGCGGUCAUUUCAGGUCUGUCAGGGUGUGACGUACCGCCGCUGUCUGCUGCAGGACAGCGUUGCUUCAGUGCCACAGCCUGAGGAUCCCGACUGGGUGAAGAAGAUCUUAGAGGGGCCGUGUACGUUCUGCGAUUCGCCGCUGCUUUGAUGCGCUGGACGAAGAAACUCACCGCAAGUCCUAAAGUUGCUGAUACACACCUGAAACCUUAGAAACGCUAUAGCACUGUUCGUUUCAUUGUUUGUUUGUUUUUAACUCUGAUAACCAAUGGCUAAUGUAUACAAGCAUUCCAAACGAAUUGUGUGUGUUUUUUUUUUUUUUUUUAAAGCACUGGUUUGUUUUGUCUAGCAGUUAGGAUUGUUUUGAUUCCUUGGUGCUGAGGUCAGUCUUAUGUACACAGACAAAAUGGCGGGAAAACCCUCUUCCACCUAAGACACCUCAACUUUUUUUUUUUUUUCUCCUCUCCUAUCUUCAGAAUACUUUCCGUUUGAGCCUAUGCUGCUACGUUUCCUUUUUACCACAACUUACUUUCAGCUUCGUCGUGUGGUUCCGCUUUUUAAUUGGUUUUUUGGAAAGGUCUUCAUCGGAAGUGUCCUCUGUCUUCAUGUGAGAACUUUUAACGCGGGCUGCACGAGGAGAGAUUAAAGCCUGCGGGAGACACAAAUGCGGCGAGAGACAGAGGCAAAAGUGUUUUAAGAGCGUGUUUCGGCGCUUCCCGUGGGAUCCGCCUCUAAUGAGAUACCAGAGUAAUGAGGUGCAGAUUCCAGCCACAGAUGUGAUUCUCAUUUUAAUUAAGAAGAGGCAGGGUUAGAGUGCAUAUUGUUAAAUAUAGUUAACCCUCUUUUUAUGGGCCACAGGGAAAUAAAUAGAGUUUGACACAAGAUCCGCCUAUAUAUAUAUAUUUACCCUAUAUUACUACCUCAGGGUCAGUGAGAUGAAAAAUUGGCGGUCUUGUCCACUCUUGUCUCCUUUAACAGUUACUAAUCCCUUACAAUGCCCUGCUCUCAAUGUCUCUCAGGUCACUAGAGUGUAUCACUUGCCCCUAGGGCUUGAAAUAAAAAGCGCUUAGAUAGAUGGAAAAAUUUGCCGUGACAUCAUAAACACUGUUGUUUGUUUCUUGUGGUUUAUCAGUCCCUCACAAAUGGUCUUUAAAAAAAAAAAAAAAAAAAAAAAAGAGCAAUAACAUGACAGUCGAGUGACAGGUUGAUGCAUACAAGCGCUUAAGAAGAGUAAAAACUCAAAGGGAGAACUUGCUAUAGCAGCAAAGGUGUCUGUUGUGCGUUGCUGUAAAAAAAAAAAAGACGAAAUGUAAAAAAUGACAAUUUACAGUAAGUGAGGAAAAGAUACAUUUGUUUGUAAUAAUACGACUAAUAAUGUAGUCUUAGGGCAGCUGUUUUAGGGGUUUGGGGUCAGUCAGUCUAUGUAUGAAGUCUAUUAUAACACAAAAAAAACCCUACUCUGUACAGCCAUGGUGAGCAGAAAAGCAUCUCAAAACGCACAAAAAAGAGGCAACGUCUUUCAGGCAAACGAGCCUCUCCUUAACAAGGUGUUUCUUCCUGCAGAGCCAUCAAACUUUUGUAAACGAUUUGAUCACGGAUUGUUUUUAUAGAUAGAGCCAAAUAUAUAGAGGUAUAUGUUAAUUUUUUUAAAUCUUGUUAUGCAGUCACUCUGUGAUCGUCGCACAUGCUGUACACUACACAUCCGAGUGAUAGAGAUUACACUAAAAGUUUGUCUUUUGGUGGGACUAAAACCUCACAGUGUGUAAUGUUACACGUGAUUUGACUUCCUCGUUUGUUAUCAACGCGGUUUGUUUGCCCUUUUGGCAGGGGUGUGUGCCAUAGCGAUAGGUGGAGACCAAUAAUGCUGAAGAGGUUAGCCGUGUUUUGGUGGAACCUCCUACGUCUUUAAUAUAAUGAGAUGUCAGAAAGCGUUUGUACAAUAAUUUCAUCCCCCUCCUCCAUCCUUUCUUCGUUCAACACAUCAAACACGGGCUUUGUCUGUGCAACAUGCAAUAUUCAUAGCCUCCACAGCCGUAGCUGAACUUCUUUAAACAGCCGGUUGGAUUCGGUACUUUUUUUAAAGUAUGUAAUUAACAAGUUAUUUGAAUUCAUGAGAAUCUGCUUUGUUGACUCGAUAUAGAAAGUUCGCUAUGAACCGCUUCAUUCUGCACGCUAUCUUAAUUGAGUGAUUGUGCCACAAAGGAAGCUAUACGGUGGAGUUCAGGCUUCAGUGACAUUUCUUCAUCUUUCUGCUGCUUGUACACUGCAUGUGCUCGUUAUCCUUAAUUGGCAAUAUAUGUCGUAAAUGAAACCUAUAAGUUGUGUGUAAAUCUAUAUAAUAACCAUUUAUCCUGCAUAAAGUGUAUAUAUAAUGUUAUACCUCAAAUAAAGGCAACAUUAUUUUGUAAA